UCCUGAGCAGUGUGUUGCAAUGUGUUGUUGUGUUUGUUAGCACACAGCAAUUUAAUUCACUUUCCCCCACUUUAACAGCAAUACUCAUAGAUUUCUAAACAACUCAUCAUUAAUUUCGUGUCUUGUGGAUAUUAUUUGGAAUGUACCGGCGCGGGGCGAGCAAGAAGGAUAAAAACAAACCGGCUAAGGAGCAGAGCGACUGCAGCAAGUAUGCAGAGCUGCUGGUGUUCGGCUACGCCUGCAAGCUGUUCCGGGACGCUGAGAGGGCCAACUUCCACGAUCAGGGCAAACAUCUUAUCCCAUGGAUGGGGGACAAGAACGUCAUGAUCGAUAGGUACGAUGGCCGCGGUCAUUUACAUGACCUUUCGGAAUAUGAUGCAGGCUCGUGGAAUCACGAUUACCAGUUGUCAGAGGAGGAGGCCAGGAUAGAGGCUCUGUGUGAUGAGGAGAGGUAUCUUGCCAUGCACACUGAUCUACUGGAAGAGGAGGCCAGGCAAGAGGAGGAGUAUAAAAGACUAAGUGAAGCUUUGGCCGAUGAAGGGACCUACAACGCAGUGGCCUUCCGUUACAGCGCUGACUACUACGACCCCUCCCAGCCCACUGAGGAAGAUGGGGCGGCAAAGAAACAGGAUCAAGAUCAGCUAGAGGAAGAGAGUGAGGAACCGUUUGUGGCGCCCCCUGGCCUCGUCAUCCCUCCGGACGUUGAGCUGCCUGCGACCACCAAGACUCAUGCCAUUAUUGAGCGCACCGCCAGCUUUGUGUCCAAGCAAGGGGCCCAAUUUGAAAUUGUGCUGAAGGCGAAGCAAUCUGGGAAUUCCCAGUUUGAUUUCCUGCGGUUCGACCAUUACCUAAACCCUUACUACAAACACAUUCUUCUAGCUAUGAAGGAAGGGAGGUACACACCGGCUUCAGAAGGCAAGCAAGACCAGCAACAGGAAUCAAAGUCAAAUGAUUCUGAUGACGACGAUGAUGACGGUGAUGGAAACUACCUCCACCCGAGUCUGUUCGCAUCCAAGAAGAGCUCUCGUCUGGAGGAAAUAAUGAAGCCUUUGCAGGUCAUUGACCCGGAUCACCCUUUGGCUGCACUGGUUCGGAAAGUCCAACAGGAGAAUAAUGGUGCUGCAGCAGUGGCAACCAGAGUCGAGGGAGAUCAAACCUCAGUAGUAACCACACAGGCAGGAUAUACCACUGAUACUAAUGUGGCGGCAAUGUACUAUGGCUACUGUAUGCUGCCUGACGGUACAUACUGCCUGGCCCCACCGCCUCCUGGAAUUGAUGCCAAUGCCUAUUACACCUCACUGCCCACAGACAUGAUGCUGACUCAUCCUUCGACUGGCCUACCACCUCCCCCUGGCACCACACCUACCUUGGAACCUGUGGUUGCAAUCCCAUCAGUCUCUGUUGCAGGUCCAGUCACAGUGUCAGCUCCUUCCUCUGCUCCUAUCACCCACACUGCUGCUGCUGCCCCUCCAGCUUACAGCUCUCAGCCUCCUCAAACCACUGUCGUGCCGGCAGCCGCCCCUGUCGCAGCCAUCAUCCCCCCACCCCCCGACAUCCAGCCUGUCAUUGAUAAACUAGCUGAGUAUGUGGCCAGAAAUGGGGUGAAAUUCGAGACCAGUGUACGUGCCAAGAAUGACCCACGGUUUGACUUUCUGCAGUCCUGGCACCAGUACAACUCAUAUUAUGAGUUCAAAAAGCACUACUUCAUGCAAAAGGAAGGCCCGAGCGUGUCAGAGAGUUCUCUGGUCUACAAUGAUAGGGGGGACAGGGCAGCCAACUGCUUUUCUGACAAGCAGCAGAAUGAGGGCAAGCUCAUUAAAGCAUCCUUUGCGCCCAUCUGCUUUGCAAUAAAGUCAAAAGAAAAUGACUUGCUGCCCCUAGAGAAGAACCGCGUUAGGCUGGAUGACGAUUCGGAUGAGGACGGGGUGAAAGGGCAGGGGCAAAAGGGGGCAGAGUUGGCAAUGGGAUUGGUUGAAGCUGCCAGAGAGCCUCCUCAGCCUCAAUUACCUGAGGAGAGGAAACCGACACUCUCACAGGAGGAACUUGAAGCCAAACAAGCCAAACAGAAGCUGGAGGACCGGUUAGCGGCAGCAGCAAGAGAGAAACUGGCUCUCACCUCCAAAGAGUCCAAAGAGAAGCAGCUCCAGGCCGAACGCAAGAGGAAAGCCGCCCUCUUCCUGCAGACACUGUGUGGCCCUGAGGCUGAGAUCAAGCGGACUGAAGAAAGCGCUGCUCCACCUGAGCCAGUGGUGUCCACCAUUCCCGUGAGUGCUGUCCUUCAACACAUGUCUCAUAUACCCGGUUUAGAAUACCAACUUCUAGAAACCAUGCCAACGAGGAGCACAGACACCCCAAAUCAUCAUACGACCACAUUUUACUCCUCAACUUCCUCUCGUGGGCCUGAACGGGACAGAGACAGGGAUCGAGAUAGAGACAAGAGGAAGGAAAAACAUAAGAGAAGGUCUCGAUCCAGGUCCCGAUCACGAUCCAGGUCUAAAUCCAAAACCAAGCACUCUUUGCCCAGUGUGCACUGCACCUACAAGAGAUCCAGGUCUCAGUAUCGUUCCCCCAGCCGACGGGAUCGCCGAGCUCGCUCUUCGGAAAGAAAGCGGGACGAAAGGGAGAAAGAAAGCUAUGGCUCAAGUGCCUACCGCCUUGGCAGCAACCAAGGACUGGGCAGGAAGCGCUCUAGAUCAAGAUCGCCUCAUGAAAAGAAGAGAAAGAGUUCAAAGUCAUCACACCGUCUGAAGGGUUCAUCUUGUUCGCCCUUUGCAUCCCCUGACAGAGGCGGAGCAAUGACCAGAGUCUCUGCAAGCCCCUCCCCUGCCACAAGCCCCGUCUCCAGCCUGGGAAGAUCUAGGGAUGGUUCUCAGGAGAAAGACAAGCAAGUGUCCUCAACUAUUGUUUCUUCAGUUCAAAAUAAAAUCACUCAGGACCUCAUGGCUAAAGUGCGGGCAAUGCUGGCUGCCUCCAAAGGCCUUCAACCGAACCCUUCCUGAGAGAGUUUCAGUCUGGCUGAACAGAACAUCCAGGCACGUUCCAGCUCCAACUACGUUUCGCAUGACAACAACAACCUUCUGGCCAACUUCUGCACUACACUAUGCUUUUAUCCCUUUAUGUAUGGCUCAUUAGAUCUUGUGUUAGUUAAAUGUUUUUAUUUUUGCCUCCAGAUUAGGCAUGUUGACUCCCUUUAUUUUUUAGGCAUGGUGGAACCCAAGCAGGUUUAGAAAGAAACAGACCAAGCAGCAGAUGGUUGGAUGGCUUUUAGCUGCAAAAAGGCAACAAGAAUUAAGUCAUGGAGAAGUUGAGAUGUAACAAAUUUUAAUUUCCACUUAAACUGAUGACUGUGCUGUUUUCUUUGUAAUAUUGCCUCUGCCAGAGGUGCACAGCUAUAUCCUUCUGUGAAGGAUAAUGUUAAUUUUCUCACUCUCUUACAUUGUUUCCUUUUUCCAAAAUAAAAGUCUUUCCUAUUUAAAGUCGCAGUGUUUCUCAGUUCUUUGGAUUUGGAAUACGUGGCCUUCGGUUUUCCGUUUCUAAGUUUGUACAGGUCUAAUUUUGCAGCUACUUUGUAAAACCUU